GAAAUCUACAAAGAUCGUAAGAAGUUUUCCAAGAGUGUAUUUGAGGUAAAGUAAUGCAAGUACAUGAAUUUAAAUUAGUUUUAAACUAGUUUCUAGAGUAAUUUUAAUGUGUAUUUUUAUUUCCUGCCCUUCUUGCUUUGUGUUCCUGUUGUUUUGUUAACAUUUUUAACUUUUUCAUUUUAUCUUGGUUUGAGCGUUACUUAAUACCAUAACAAUCAAGGAAGUAUCAAGUUGUAUGCAGUGUUCUCCUUAUCAGGCUAUAACCGGUAAAAUUUACCGCCUGAAGCAACACUUCUUACCGCCUGCAAUGGCCUGAAGGUUUACUAAAAUUAAAGAAGUACUUGUAAAAAAUACACUAGUUGUGAUCUGAUCCGAUUCUCAUAUGCCACAAGGAAAUGAAUGAAUAUAUGGAAAAGUACAGUGGAACCCCAUUAACAUGGUCACCAAUGGAUCAAGCAAAAUUGGCCGUAUUAGCAUGCAGGGUGGCCAUGUAACCGGAGCAUUAAUUAACGGGUGACCGUAUUAACAAGUGUUUUUUAUUAUAAAAUGAGUGGCCGUUUUGUCAUAUUACCGAGGUGGCCUUAAGCUGGGGUUCCACUGUACUGAAAUAUUCACAGCUUUUCUUUUUAUGGGCCACGCAUUUUGGAAAGAGAACAUUGAAGACACGGUAAAUUUAUUGGAAUCAAUCGUUUUAAAUUGUUGUGUAAAGGUAACAAUGGCGAAUUUGUGUAAAAUGGGUCUUAAAGUGAGGGAAUGACAUUUCAGAGAACUUAGCUCUUAAAUUUCCCAGCAAGAGCAAGGCCAUGUCCCGCAAUCCAAUGCCCCCUUGCAUACCCCCAGGAAAGUGCACCUCUGGCUAUGAAUGGUCCCUUAUCUGCUGAGCUAAAAUUCAGGGAGAACGCUGUGUAUACAUGAGAUUCCCUGACGUUAUAGUUCACAAGCACUAUUGUUUGUUGAACCUUUCAUUUCAGGUUUUGAGGAUUGAUUAAAUUUAUUUAUGGCAAACAUUUGUCGGUACUUGUACCUUAUGGAAAAAUGAACAGUCAUUCUUGUCAGUCUUCAUUGUUGUUAGCAUUAUUUUUUUACUACAUGCAAAUGUAUAUGCAUUACUAAGCAACUAUGUUUUGAAUUUACUUUUUGAAGGUGGCAUCAUCUGACUUGGUUAACAUGGGAAUCAGUGUUGUGAGCUACACAAUAAAAGAUAUCAGAGAUGAUGAGGUAACUAACAUGUGAAAGGAUAAAUUAAUUUCAAAUCACCUAUACCACCACUACCACCACCACCACAAUCAUCAUCAUCAUUGUCAUUGUCAUCAUCAUUUUUAGUGUUUACUUUAUACCUGGUUCAAUUUUAAAUUGUGGUUGUUCGUAUGACAUGGGCAAUGUAUUGUAAUGUAGUGUGUACAGUGUUUAAAAGAAAGAGAAAUAAAAAUUGACCUCGUGUGUAAACCCAUGGAACCACUUUUUACUUACCUGCAUGGGGGUAGUGGAGCAACCCAUUUGAGUAUUUUUUAAUUGCCAGUUUCCAGAUAGGCAAACAAUAUUUGCGGGAAAGAGUAAAAAUGUUAGUGAAAAGGGGGAUUGGUAUUUAAACCAGCUGCACAACUCCUCUGUGCUAGUAAACUUUAGCAACAGCUUACCCAAACGGCAAGCAAUUUCUUUAAUGUUCAUAUGACCCUGUCCUGUUCCCUGCAUUUUAGCUUCUUAGUGGUACUUGUGUAUAAUAUACACAAGUACCACUAAGAAGUGUUUUGCUCCUUUUUUCAGGGCUAUUUGCUUGCUCUUGGCAUGGCCAGGACUGCACAGGUCAAAAGAGAUGCCAGGAUUGGUGAAGCAGAGGCUCAGAGAGAUUCUGGAAUCAAGGUAAAAGUUUAUCAUUGAUAUGGUGCACAUUAACACAUCUGUGUGUCAGAUUUUUAUAUUGUAUAUAUAUGCUGAGGUUGAAGUUUUGUCUUGGUUUAAAUUAAUUUUUAUUUUUGUUCAUUUUUGUGUGUCAGUGAUGUUGUAAUAAUUGAAAAUUUGACUUGUACAAAAUGUACAUGCUCCUCCAUUUCUCUUAGCAAUAUUUCAAGGGCUGUCGAUUUAAAGUCCCAGUAUUAAUUUUUUGUAAUUUUAUACCAGUGUAUGUGGUAAUUUUGGGUAUAGAUGUUUUGUGUAUACAUGUUGACUUGAUAAAAUCUGAAUUAUUUUAUCCCAUGUUAGGAAGCGUUAGCUGAAGAAGCUCGCAUGAAAGCUAAGUUUGAGAAUGACACACUGAUUGCCAAAGCCAAGAGAGACUAUGAGUUAAAGAAGGCUGCAUAUGACAUUGAAGUUCAGACCAAGGUACUAUUCAAAAGUUUUCACAGAUAGCCUGCGAAAACAGCUAUCUCUCGUCAUUUGUCCCCGCUAGGAAUGUUUUACCAAGAGGGACAUGUGCACCUCAGCAACAGAAAUUCCAUGCUGAUGAUGUAAAAUCUGUCUGGUAUCUGGUUAGGAGCUCUUAUUGGUUGACGUAGUAGUUAUAUUAUUUUAGCCAUUGUUUACUAAUGACAGACAAAAGGCAAAUGGUCACAAAGGUCAAACUUAACUUUGAUAAUACAAAAUAUAUAAUAAUUAUUAUGUCUUUUUCGUUCACUUAGCUAACUUAAUAAUACUUUGGUCUGUUUGAUAUAAUAGAAAGCCCAGUCAGAACUGGCUUACAAUCUUCAGGCCUCUAUAACAAAACAGAAGAUUAAGGAAGAAGAGAUGCAGAUCAAAGUUGUGGAAAGGGCACAGCAGAUUAAUGUUCAAGAGCAGGUAAUACCUUGUUGUUGUUGUUGUGGUUCUUGUCACUGUACAAGAAGCUGUGAUCUUUGUCAUUUAUAAGUAAUUUCUUUGUUAAUGUUAAGUUCCAAAGUGCAUAAGGAAGUGUAAUUGGCAAUAUCAGGAAAAUGAAUUAAACAGCCAUGACACGACCUCUUAAACUCAGCGUCAUGCUUGCAAGACCAGAUAUGGUGCUUUUACUAUAAAGGUACAGGUGUAACUAUCUACAUGUAGACAAAACUGCUGGCUAGUUAGCCUUCCUUAGCCGGCGACACUGCUAACAAAAAAUAAGCACCAUUGAAUAAAAUUGUAAAUCAUCCGUUUCCCAGUUUUGGAUGGCAUUGAACAUGUAAUAUUAUUUAAACGGGUUUAGCUCUGUGAAACAUUCGAACCAUGCGAUGUCAUGGAACGUCUGGGAUAUUUUGAUAGCAUUGUUCCCAGUCUUGUGUGCAUUCUGACGAAACAACAUGGCGUCCACGAAACAACAUGGCGUCCAAGACUCUAAAUUUCAAAAUAUCCCAAGAUACCUCAGCCCUAAAGAACUUGUGCCUUUGGGGUGAGUUCUGCCUACUAUUCAUUAUGAGCCUGCUACUUCAUUGCAAAGCAGGCAGCUAAACCUGUCCAAAAAGAGUAUGGAUUUUAGAGAAGUCACUCUGUACUUGUAGUUACCUUUGUUUGUUGUGACAAUAAUUAUUGUAGGAAAUUGCUCGGAAAGAUCGUGAAUUGGAGGCAACCAUUAAACGACCAGCUGAAGCUGAAAAAUAUAAAGUGGAAAAACUUGCUGAGGCCAACAGGUAUGCAGUUAAUGAAAGAUGCUGUUCUUUGCCAGUGCCACAGGGUUUCACAUUUUUGUUGAUAAACUUGUACUAUUAUUUUGCUAAAAUAGGCCUUUUAUCAUGCUGAACAUUCUUGAACAGAUUAUUGGUCUCAAUUCUCAGUUCAGCUAGUUGUAUUGAGCUGGACAAGUGUUGGGUUGUGUAUCCCUGGCUUUAGAGCUAAGCUGUCAGUAAUUAACCCACAGAAUCUGAAAUCAAUUAUUUACUUGUCUUUCCUUUCUAAGGAAUCGUGUGAUACUUGAAGCUGAGGCUGAAGCUGAAGCCAUAAAGGUUAGUAGAGUUUAAAGAAAGAAAGAUACUGUUAUUAGUAAUAUUGUUGAGAAAGAUACAAAAAAUAUCAAGCAUGCAAUGAGUGUGGGACAUGAUUUUACCCAUUGACACCCAAGGUAUACAUGCCACUUACAUACGGCAUGGCUGUGGCUAAGAUUUCAAGUUGCCAGAAAAAAAAAUGGUAGGCAGGGAAUAAGAACAGCUAAGGAAUUCUUAGUUCAAUUUUCCAUUUGUUUCCUAUGAAAGUAGCCAGUAGGGUUCAUGCUCACAGCAUCCAGGAAAAUCCAUGGCCCAAGUCCUCAGUGACAUCCUCAAAUUAAAAUCAAAGUUUUCAAUCAGCAGGCAUGGGCCUUGUGCCAAGCAUAAGAGUUGGCAGGCAUACCAAAGAUACUUGUACUGUUUGGACAUGUUUACAGCACCAUUGAUCUGAUCUAAUGGUGAGAAUUGGGCAAUUUCUCAUUUUCAUGUGUUGCCACAAAUCCUGCUUGCUGCUAGCAUCAACAUUGUGUGUACAGCAUUUUGUUUAAAGGCUGAUACUGAAUGGUAGUGAUUUUCAUUGUUGUUAACAGGUGAAAGGAGAAGCUGAAGCAUUUGCCAUAGAAGCCAAAGCUACAGCAGAGGCUGAGCAGAUGGCAAAGAAGGCUGAUGCAUGGAAAGAGUACAGGAAGCUGCUGUUGUGGACAUGGUGUUGGAGACCAUGCCAAAGGUAUAUACCAGGCUUUUUCUACACAAGCCUGUUUAUGUUUGUCAUUAAUGUACUUUAUAGUCACAGACUUACACCUCGUGUCCAUGUGUAAAACAUUUUGUAAAAAGUGUAGGUCUGAAAGAACACUGGGGACAGAAACUUAACUCCUGUUCCAAGCAGGUGUCUGUUGUAGGUAAAAUCGUUUUCAGGUUAAGUCAGUAUUCAACUCAGUUUGAUUCAGAAUUCCGUUUGUUUCCUAUCCCUAAUUAUUUAUAGGAUACAAAGGAAAUUCUGGUUUGACCUGAGAACAGAUUUUACCUACAACAUCUACAAGUUUAAUAUGCCAGUAGUGCAUCUCAACUCAUUUUGACUGUAAUUUCACAGAUUGCAGCUGAAGUUGCAGCUCCUAUUUCCCAGUGUAAGAAGAUUGUAAUGGUGUCCAAUGGCAAGUGCGACGUCGGUGCCAGUAAGAUCACUUCAGAAAUCCUGGAAAUUGUGGCCAACCUGCCCAAAUCAGUUGAAGCUUUGACCGGAAUUGAUAUCAGCAAG